AUGGGCGGAAGCAAGGGCAAAGCCCCCCAGCACCGGGCGCGCCCCAGGAAGCCAGCCUCGGGGGAGCAGGAGUCUGGAUCGGCCAGCGCGGACGGACAGCCUGGACGUGGCCAAGCCCGCCGAGACACCGCGGGGGACAAGCGGGCCGCUGGUGACCGUAGGAAACCCUCUGCCGCCGGGGGCAGCGGGGGCAGAAGCCCAGAGACAGAGGCCCGGGAGAGGCGAGGCAGCACGCGGCGUCGGGGCCAGGGGCCGGUGGACGGCUGCGAGCCGGGGGACAGCCCCGGGGACUGCCCCGAGGAGGAGGAGGGCCUCCCUGGAGCGGCAAGGACCGGCAAGCGCGGCCAUCGCAGGAGGAGAGGGAAACGGCGGCGGGGACCUUCGGCGCCGAGAAGCCGAGGGGAGCCUCGGAGCCUCGAUGAGGACACGUCGGGCAGGGAUGGAGGCAGCUCCUGCCCGGACAGCGAAGCCCGCGAACCCCAAGAGAGCGGCGGGGCCCCGCCGCCGCUGCCCCAGGGGGAGCCAACGGCCACGGGAUCGGAGGGGGCCGAGGGGGCGUCCGGGGCGGGCCAAGCUCCGCGGAGCGGGGAAGGCUCGUCGGGGACCGGGCCCCGGGCGGCGAGUGGGGGAUCGGGCACAGACACGGGCUCGAAUCCAGAGCGCGCCGGGCCCGCACGGCGCCCCCCGAGGGCGCGGGGCAAGGCAGGCCGGGUCCCCGAAGCCCGAGAGACCGAGCUGGGUGGGAAAGCCCCGACCUCCAGCCCGCUUGGGAGCAGCAGCUCGCGGGACGCGUGGGACGCCGCGCCGGACGGGGACGCCAGUGGUGGCGACGCGCGGGCCGAGGCCUCGACGGCCGGGGCGCGGCGACGCCAGGUGGACAAGGUGGCGGGGAAGGUGCAGGAAGGAGCCCGAGAGGGAGAGGGAGACGGCGCAGGGGACCCAGAGCCGGGGGACCCCGCGCCGCUCGCCGCUCUCGUGGUGCUCCACAAGUUCCGCGCCAGGCCCCCGCCAGGCCGCGCUCCCCAGGUCGCCGAGCAGCGGCGCGGCGGCUUCAAGGCGUGGAUCCUGCGGGUGGCGCGCGCCCUGGGCCUGCUGCGCUGGCUUCGGGGACGGAUCCAGUCACCUGCCGGUCAGGGGCAGGGGGCGGGACCGCGGGCGGAAGAGGGGCGUGGCCUCCUGCGGGAAGGCGAGGGGUGUGACUUCGGGCGGGAAGGCGAGGGGCGGGGCCUCGGGAGGGCAGGCGAGGGGCGGGGCGAGGGGCCGGCGCCGCCGCGCCGCCGUCUAGCUUUGCGCCUGGCUGGUUUAGCCCGGCUCCGGGGCCUCCUGCGGGCUCCCCCUGGCGGCGGCUCGAGUCCUCCGCAGGCCCCGAGGAGCCCAGUCUCUGAUCACCGUCCUUCGGACGACGAGGACCCAACACCGGAUCCCAAGUUCGCGGUGGUGUUCCCCAGAAUCCACCGGGCGGCGGGGAGGGCGUCCGCGGCGACUCCCAGCCGCGCCUGGUCUGGGGCAGGAGCGGCAGAGGCCGGGGAGGGGCCGGGGGCUGGCGGGGAAGGGGUGCGGGGGCUCGGCGAUGCCUCGGCCCCCGCCUCCACUCCCCUCGACGGGACUCCGCGGCGUGAGGAGGAGCCGGUGACCUCGGGAGCCGAGACCCCGGCGCACUGGGCGCAGGGCUGCGGCCCCCAGGAGGAGCCCGGGCUCGGCCCCGCCGCGCUGCUGCCUCGGCUCACCCUGGAGACCCGCGUGCCCCGCGAGCGGAGCCCGGGCCCGGCCCUGCGGGAGCAGUGGGAGCCCGAGGAUGAGGCCGAGGCCGCCCUCGAGAGACGCCUGGAGCUGAGCCUCGGGCCGGGCCUGCGGACGCCGCCGUUCCCCGGUGCCGAGGACCGGACCCUCAGCGAGGGCCUGGAGGACACGGAGGACGUGGCACGUCUGCGGCUGGUGAGUGACAGCUCCGUGCUGUUGUGCCUCAAGAGGAGAUUUCACCUGGGCCGCAUCUACACUUUCGGGGGACCCCUCCUGCUUGCUCUGAAUCCCCACCAGCCUCUGCCUGUCUUCUCACCGGAAGUCUUGACCAGCUACCAUCCCAGGAAGGCCCCCAGCUCCUCCCCACACAUCUAUGCCAUCAUGGCAGCGGCCUGUGGCCUAUCUCAGAGCGCCGGGCAGGACCCCUGUAUCCUCCUGGCGCUCCUCCUCUGCAGUGGGCACAGUGGCUCAGGGAAAACUGAAGCUGCCAAGAAGAUGGUACAGUUCCUAAGCAGCCUGGAUCAGAAGCAGGCAGGGGACAGAGGGUGCCAGCUGGACGAUGUGCUGCCAGUGCUCAGCAGCUUUGCCCAUGCCAAGACCAUCCUGAAUGCCAACGCCAGCCGCUUCGGCCAGGUCUUAUGCGUCUGCCUGCAGCGGGAGGUCAUCGUGGGAGCCUCUGUGUCACAUUAUCUGCUGGAGACCUCCAGAGUGGUGUUUCAAGGCCGGGCCUGUAGGCUCCAGGGCAAGGAGGAAGCCCUGGACUUCGCCGAGCUGGCAAAGGCUCUGCAGGCCCUGGGCUUGCGCCCCGAGGAGCUCACUGCGGUGUGGACUGUGCUGGCCAUCAUCCUACAUCUGGGCAACAUCUGCUUCUCGUCCUCAGAGCGGGAGUUCCAGGAAGUGGCUGCUGUGUCCAGCUGGGCCGAGAUCCACACGGCAGCCCGGUUGCUGCAGGUGCCACCAGAGCAACUGGCGGGAGCUGUGACCACGAGGGUCAUGGAAACACCCUACGGCCGGGUCUCCAGAUCGCUGCCUGUGGAAAGCGCCAUUGACGCCAGGAACGCCCUGGCCAAAGCCCUGUACCUGCGGCUCUUCAGCUGGCUCCUGAGGAGGAUCAACACACGGCUGGCUCCGCCCGCGGAGGGAGGCAGCGUGGGCAGCGUUACUGUCGUGGACGCCUAUGGCUUUGAGGUCACCCCUGGGGCCCUGGGGACAGAGGGGCAGGGUGACUGCUCUGACCGAGAAAGGUGUGGCGCCAUCCUCACCCAGGUGCUGGGAGCAGAGUCGCCUCUCUAUCACCUCGGAGUCACCCAGGUCCUGCUGCAGGAGCAGGGCUGGCAGCAGCUGGAGCGGCUCUGGGCCCAGCGCCGCGCCCAGGCCUUGCUCACGCUGCACCGCGGCCUCCGGGUCUGCAUCUCCCGCCAGCGCCUCCGCCUCCUGCCCCGGAUGCAAGCUCGUGUGCGUGGGCUCCAGGCCAGGAAGCGCUACCUCCGGCGCCGGGCGGCUCUGGGACAGCUGAACACCAUCCUUCUGGUGGCCCGGCCCCUGCUCCACAGACGGCAGAAGCUGCAGCUCGGGCACUGGCGUGACCAGCACAGUGGCGGCACCUGGGAGAAAGUGCCAGACAUGGAUCUGGGACGCUUGGAAAUCCCAGCAGAGCUGGCCGCUAUGCUGCGGAGGGCAGAAGGCAGCCAAGAUGUCCUGGCUGGAACCAUCAAGGAAUCCAUGCCCCCGGAGGUUCCUGCCCGGCCCAGCCUGUCUCUCCCAGCCGACAUCGACCAGUUUCCCUUCUCCAGCUUCGUCUCCAUCAGCUUCCAGGAGCCAUCUCUGCCCAGCCCAGGGCAGCCACUGACCAGGCCCCUGACCCGGCUGGACAGGGAGACCCCUCAGCAUGCUCUGGAGAUCAACAAGGUGAUGCUGCGGCUCCUGGGGGACGGAUCCUUGCAGCCCUGGCAGGAGCACACCAUGGGCACGUACCUGGUACGGCAGGGGCUGCGCCGGCCUGGCCUUCGGGACGAACUCUUCAGCCAGCUGGUGACCCAACUCUGGCGUAACCCGGAUGAACAGCAGAGCCAGCGGGGCUGGGCCCUCAUGGCCAUCCUGCUCAGCGCCUUUCCCCCCACGCCCGCUCUGCAGAAGCCGCUGCUCAAAUUUGUGUCUGACCAGGCCCCCAAGGGCAUGGCAGCACUGUGCCAACACAAACUACUGGAAGCCCUGGCGCAGACGCCGCUGGCGCCCGGGGCUGCCCGGACUCACCCUCCAACCCAGCUCGAGUGGAAGGCCGGAUGGCGGCGGGGCCGCAUGGCGCUGGACGUCUUCACCUUCAAUGAAGAGUGCUUCUCGGUGGAGGUGGAGUCCUGGACCACGGGAGAGGAGUUUGCGGGGUGGAUUCUGCAGAGCAGAGGCCUGGAGGUGCCCCCGCGUGGCUGGUCUGUGUCACUGCAUUCUGAGGACGCCUGGCAGGAUUUGUCUGGCUGCGACUUUGUGCUGGACCUGAUAGGCCAGAUGGAGGACUUGGGGGACCCGGCUGACCCCCACAGCUACCCCUUCACUUCUUUUGACUUAGCCGAGGACAUCCCCCCGGCCCCUGGCGUCCAGGCCCCCUCUCUGCCCCCAGGACUUCCUCCAGGCCCCGCCCCCACCCUGCCCAGCAGAUAUCACACAGGCGAGGCCCGGCCCGCUGGGAGCUUGGAUGGCUUCCUGGACCACCUCUUUGAGCCUGUCCUCACCCCAGGCCUCAGUGAUCUGGACCAAGGCUGGGCCCUGAGCAGCCGCAUGAAGGGAGGGGGCUCCGUGGGCCCCUCGCAGCAGCAGGGCUACCCCAUGGUAUACCCAGGGAUGAUGCAGAUGCCCGGGUACCAGCCAGCCAUGGUGCCCGCACCUGUGCCUAUGAUGCCAGCGAUGGGUCCCAUCCCUGCUAUCCCAGCCAUGAUGGUGCCGCCGCCGCCGCCGCAGCUUCCCAGCCUGGACACACAGCAGCUGGCAGUCCAGCAGCAGAACUUCAUCAACCAGCAGGCGCUGAUCCUGGCCCAGCAGAUGACCACCCAGGCCAUGAGCCUGUCUCUGGAGCAGCAGAGCCAGCAGCGCCAGCGCCAGGCACAGGCCUCCAGAGCCACCUCCCAAGCCCCAUCCCCGGCCACCACCCCCAAGUCCAAGAAGCCCCCCACUCCUCAAGAGGUGCCAGAGAGCGAUCCGGAACCCACGGGCGCCUGCUGGAGGGACUUCGCAGAGGAAGCUGAACACAGCCCUGGCCACCCCGAGAGCUUCCAGCAGAAACGGGAGUACUUCCAGAAGAUGGGGCAACAACAGAUCAAGGUGAAGAAGGUGAAAUCUCCACCCAAAGUCCAGAUUCCCCAGGGGGGAGAGACGGAGGAAGAGGAGGAAGAGGAAAGUAGAGCAGAGCCGCCCCCUCCUCCUCUCGCAGUUGUGAAAAAGCCCUUGAAACAAAGCGGGGAUAAAGCUGCAAAAGAGGCAGAGGCAGAGCCAGCCAAGGAGGCUGCGAGAGAGGCCGAGGCAGAGCCAGCCAAGGAGGCAGUGCCGGCCCGGGCCAGGGAGCCCAGGCCACACAGCUCGAACCCCACUCCCCAGCGCCCAGAGCCCAGCAAGGAGAUCCGCAACAUCAUCCGGAUGUACCAGAGCCGCCCGAGCCCCGUGCCCGUGCCCGUGCAGCCAGCCAGGCCUCCCAAAACUUUCCUGAAGAAAAAUGAUCCCAAGGAUGAGGCUCUGGCCAAGCUGGGUAUCCACAGCACCCAGUCAGCGCCAUCGAUACCGUCCCCCAACCUAGACAAAGGCCCCCCGCCAGCCGUGGCUCCAAAGCCCAAGGCCCUGCCACGACUUGGGCCCUCCAGCUCUAUCAAGGAAAAGCAGGGGCCUCUUCAGAAUCUGUUUGGGCCAAACUCGCCCAUAGCCCAGACACCCCCUCUUCCACCGGCACCCCCAUUGCCUCUGCCUGAGGAACCCAGCAUCUCUUCAGUGGAGCCUCGUGCCUUGAGGGAGCCCAUGGAGGACCAAGGGGUCUGCACCCAGCUACUGACCCCGUCUGGCAGCGUGUGCUUCUCCUAUGCCAGCGCACCCUGGAAGCUGUUCCUACGCAAGGAGGUGUUCUAUCCCCGGGAGAACUUCAGCCAUCCCUACUGCCUCCAGCUUCUUUGUGAGCAGAUCCUGCGAGACACCUUUGCUGAGUCCUGCAUCCGCAUCUCUCCAGAUGAGCGGCACAGAAUGAAAGACCUGCUGAGAGACCUGGAGGUGGGCCUGGACUCCCUGGCCGCCGCUGAAGACAGUGUCAAGAAGCGCAUCGUGGUGGCUGCCCGCGACAACUGGGCCAAUUACUUCUCCCGCAUCUUCCCGGUCUCGGGAGAGAGAGGCAGUGAUGUCCAGCGGCUGGCUGUGUCUCACCGAGGGCUGCGACUCCUCAAGGUGGUCCAAGUCCCCAGCUUCCAUCUAGACCAGCUGAAGACACUGUGCUCCUACAGCUUUGCCCAGGUGCUGGGUGUGGAGUGCCGGGGCAGCUCCGCCCUGGAGCUGACGCUGAAGGGUGAGCAGCUGGUGCUGCACACGCCCCAGGCGAGGGCCAUCAAGGCUAUGGUGGAGCAGUACCUGGAAGAGCUUAGGAAGGGGUCUGGCUACGUCAUCGCUUUGCGCAGCUACAUCACGGAUGACCACAGCCUCCUCAGCUUCCACCGUGGGGAUCUCAUCAAGCUGUUGCCAGGGACUACUCUGGAGCCAGGCUGGCAGUUUGGUUCUGUUGGAGGUCGAUCUGGAUUGUUCCCUGCUGACAUGGUGCAGCCGGCCGCUGCACCCGACGUCUCCUUCUUGUCGGAGCAGAAGCCCAGCUGGCAGCGCAAGAGUCAGGCCCAGCCCAGGGAGCCGGCUCUGAGGGACAGGGCCUCGGAAGUGAGGAAGCAUCCUGCCUACAGUGACGACUCGGAUGCCACCAGUCUGCCUUCCUCAGAGUACCCCCCGCUGUCCUCUGAACCCCACAACUAUACCAUGCAGGAAUUUGCCCUGCGCUACUUCCGGAAGCCUCAUACCAUGCCGGGUCAGACGGGCGGAGGUUCCGAGGGGGACACGACAGCCAGUCAGGUGCAGUACAGCAAGACUCCCAUCCAGGAAUCGCUCAUUAAUACCAAUGACGAGGACACAAACAGCAAGGCUGUGGCAGGCUUCCAGGUUUUGAUGCAGUAUAUGGGGGACCAGUCUAAGCCUCGGGGCAAGAAGGAGCCGGAGCUGCUCUAUGAGCUGCUGAAGCUGUGCCGGGAGGAGCAGCUCAGGGAUGAGAUGUACUGCCAGGUCAUCAAACAGGUCACGGGACACCCCCAGCCGGAGCGCUGUGUCCGGGGCUGGAGCUUCCUCAGCCUCCUCGCAGGCUUCUUCCUCCCGUCCACCACACUGAUGCCCUAUGUGACCAAGUUCCUACAGGACUCAGGCCCCAACCAAGAGCUGGCCCGCAGCAGCCAGGAGCACCUCCAGCGCACGGUCAAAUACGGGGGCCGGCAGCAGCUGCCCCUACCGGGUGAAAUGAAGGCUUUCCUGAAAGGGCAAGCGGUCCGGAUGCUUCUAAUUCACCUGCCUGGCGGCUUGGACUACAAGACAAACCUCCACACCUUCACGGUGGCAGGAGAAGUACUGGAGGAGCUAUGUGGGCAGAUGGGCAUCACGGACCCCCAGGAAGUGCAGGAAUUUGCCCUCUUCCUCAUCAAAGGGGAAGGGGACCUGGUCCGGCCCCUGCGGCCCCCCGAGUAUCUCAACAGUGUGCUGGUGGCGCCGGACCUGAGCCUGCACAGCCGGCGGCUCGGCUGGGAGAGCCCGCUGCACUUUGACCACCCCACCUACAUCGACACCCACUAUGGCCAGGUGCUGCGGGACUACCUCCAGGGGAAGCUGAUGGCCCGCGCCCAGGCCGAGGCUCAGCUGGCUCAGAUGGCUGCCCUCCAGCACCUCAGCAGGGCCAGCAAGGACCCGCCCUCCGAGCAAGACCUGCUGGCCUACAUACCCAAGCCGCUGCAGUGGCAGGUGAACAUGGCCGCCAUAAGGAGUUUGCUGAGCCAGGAGCUGAGGCAGCUGAAAGAUUACGACCCCCAGGAAGCACAGAUCAGCUUCAUCCAGGCCGCAAGGCAGCUGCCCCUCUUUGGCUACACUGUCUAUGUGGUGCUUCGAGUGAGCAAGAUGGUCUUUCCUGGGCCUGUCCUCCUGGGGCUCAACCGCAGACACCUGGUCCUCAUGGACCCCAGCUCCCAGAAACUGUGCUGCUCCAUUGACCUGAAGCACCUGCAGCGGCUCCACCUGCUGAGCCCGCUGGAGGAGAACGGGCCGCCUGGGCUGGAGCUCAACUGGGGCUCCGCCGACAGCCCCCAGACCAUGUGGGUGGAGCUGCCGCAGGCCCAGGAGCUGCAGCACACCAUCGUCUUCCUGAUGGAGGGCAGUGGGUCUUCCUCUCAGUGAGGGGGUGGAGGCGAGGGGCCCAGUCUACCUUCUG